CAGGUGGUGAAGAUCUUCAUGGACCAAGGCAAGCUCCAGCAGACCACCUCCUUCCUCUUGGAGGCGCUGAAGGCUAACAGGCCGGACCAGGCCCAGCUGCAGACGCAGCUUCUGGCCAUGAACCUGCAGCAGGCGCCGAAGGUUGCCGAGGCCAUCCUGCAGAUGAACAUGUUCACACACUACGACAGGAAGACCAUCGGCCAGCUCUGCUAUUCGGCUGGCCUGAUGCAGUACGCCCUGGAGCAUUAUCAGGACCCUGCUGACCUCAAGCGGAUCCUGAUGCACGCGAACCAGAUCACCCCGGAGGCGCUGAUCCAGUUCUUCGCCCGCCUGCCGCCGGAGACGGGCCUUGAGUGCCUGCACGAGCUCAUGCGGCACAACCGGCAGAACCUGCAGACCGUCGUCCAGGUGGCCAUCAAGUACCAUGACCAGAUGGGCGCGAUCAAGAUCGUGGAGAUGUUCGAGAGCUUCGGCUCCAGCGAGGGCGUCUUCUACUUCUUGGGGGCCAUCCUGAGCUCGAGCACCGAGCCAGAGGUCCACUUCAAGUACAUCCAGGCAGCCAGCAGGUGCGGCAACAUGCAGGAGGUCGAGCGCGUUUGCCGCGAGAGCACCUCCUACGACCCCAUGGUGGUAAAGGAGUUCCUCAAGGAGGCCAAGUUGCCCGACCCCCGCCCGUUAAUCUAUGUCUGCGACCUCCACGGCUACGUGGCCGAGCUGACGGAGUAUCUGUACAAGAAUUCCCUCAUGAAGUACAUCGAGGUCUACGUCGUCAAGGUCAACCCGACGAACUGCCCCCUCGUGGUCGGGACGCUGAUCGACAUGGACUGCUCCGAGGAUUUCAUCAAGAACCUGCUGCAGAACGUCCGGAAUGCCUGCCCCAUCGAGCCGCUAGUGACGGAGGUGGAGAAGCGCAACCGCCUCCGCGUGCUGCUGCCCUGGCUCGAGGCGCGGGUCGCGGAGGGCAACCAGGACCCAUACCUCCACAACGGCAUCGCGAUGAUUUACAUCGACACCAACCGGGACCCGGAGACCUUCCUCAAGACGAAUGCGUUCUACGACUCGGCGAUUGUCGGCAAGUACUGCGAGGA